CACCAAAAUAAUUCUCUUCAAAAGUUUUCAUAAACACCAUGUCUGAAUCCCGUGUGCGUUUGCAUUUUCUCUUGCUAAGCUUGCUCUGUUGUGUCUCCACUUCAAGUUCUUUCGAUUUAAACUUCGAUAAUAGUAGUUAUGUUGUUUGUGGUCCCCAUCAGACACAAGCUCUCACUGAGUUCAUGAACGAGUUUGAUAGCAGCCACUGCAACCUCAGUGAUCCCUUUAAUGGAAUCUGGUGCGAUAACUCGACCGGUGCGCUCACAAUGCUACGACUUAGUGCCUGUCUCAGUGGAAAACUUAAGUCCAACAGUAGCCUAUUCCGGUUAUACCAUCUUCGUUACCUUGUCCUCCGUCAAAACAACUUCACCUCAGCUACACUUCCUUCUGAAUUUGGCAAUCUCAACAGGUUAGAGUUCUUAUCCCUUUCCAGUAAUGGCUUCGUCGGCCAAGUUCCUUCCUCAUUUAAUAACCUAAGCCUUCUUUCCGUUUUAUACCUUUCCCAAAAUGAGCUUACCGGUAGUAUCCCACUUGUACAGAAUCUAAAAAAGCUCUCGUUUUUAAACCUUAAUUAUAAUCAUUUCUCUGGAACUCUGAAUCCCAACAGUACUAGCUUGUUUGAGUUGCACCACCUCCGUUACCUUGGUCUAGGUUACAACAACUUCAGUUCAUCAAUCCCUUCUGAAAUUGGAAACCUCAACAGGCUAGAGGUCUUGGCUCUUGCCUUUAAUGACUUUUUUGGGCAAGUUCCUCCAACAAUAAGUAACCUAACCUUGUUAACCCAAUUGUACCUUUACAAUAACCAGCUCACUGGUAGUUUACCACUUGUAGGUAACCUAACCAAUCUCUCAAUUGCAUAUUUCAGUGACAAUCACUUUUCUGGAACCAUUCCAUCUUCUCUAUUCAAUAUGCCUUUCUUGUCAGAUCUUGUUCUAAGUGGAAACCAUCUUACCGGAUCUUUUAUAAUUCCUAACUCUUCUGCCCCAUCUAGGCUCAACUACCUGUUCCUUGGGAAUAACCAUUUUGAAGGACAAAUCAUAGAGCCUAUCUUAAAGCUCAGAAACCUCACAAAUGUAGGCCUUUCUUUCCUAAACACAAGCUCCCCAGUUGACUUAAGACUCUUCUCCGCACUAAAGUCUCUGUCCUACCUCGAUCUUUCCGGUAAUAGUUUAUCUCCAGCCAGUCUAGAUACAAAUUUAGACAUCCCAGCAAACUUGGAGUAUUUGCAGUUAUCAGACUGCGGCAUGAACGAGUUCCCAAAUAUCUUAAAGAACCUUGAGAAGUUGGAGUUUAUUGAUUUCUCCAACAACAGAAUCAAAGGGAAAGUCCCCGAGUGGUUAUGGAACCUUCCUCGUCUAGACACCGUGGUUGUUUCAUAUAAUUUGAUUAAUGGUUUCGAAGGUCCAGUGGAGGAGGUAUUGGUAAAUUCAUCAUUGAAGAUUUUAUAUCUGGACAAUAACUAUUUUGAAGGAGCAAUUCCUAUUCUGCCACUGUCAAUCAACAUGUUGGAUGUACGCUACAAUAGAUUCACAGGGAGCGUGCCUCUUUCAAUCUGCAAUUGUAGAUCUCUCACGCAUCUGUGGCUACCUUACAACAACCUCACGGGUCCAAUUCCUCAAUGCUUGAGUAACUUGACAAUUUUGAAUCUCCGGAAGAACAACUUUGAAGGAAGUAUUCCUGACGCCUUUUAUAUUGGUGCUUCUCUAAAGACACUUGACGUUGGACACAAUCUACUAACUGGGAGACUUCCAAGAUCUCUUCAAAACUGCUCAUCUCUAGAGUUUCUAGUUGUUGACCACAACAUGAUUGAAGACAAGUUUCCUUUCUGGCUCAAGGCUUUACCCAAUUUGCAAGUCCUUGUCCUCAGUUCAAACAAAUUUUAUGGAUCUAUAUCUCCUCCUGAUCAAGGUCCUCUCGGGUUUCCAGAGCUGCGUAUAUUUGAAAUAGCUGAUAAUAAUUUUACUGGAAGCUUGCCACCAAGAUACUUUGUGCACUGGAAAGCAUCGUCAAUUACAAUGAAUGAAGAUGGUGGUCUAUAUAUGCUAUACGGACAAUUUAGGUCUGGAAGAUUGUACCUUACAUUUGUAGAUACCAUAGAUUUGCAAUACAAAGGUCUAUCCAUGGAGCAAAAGAUGGUUCUUACUUCCUACGCUACCAUUGAUUUUUCUGGGAAUAGAAUUGAAGGAGAGAUUCCUGAAUCAAUUGGUCUCUUGAAAGCAUUGAUUGCACUCAACUUAUCAAACAACGCCUUCACAGGCCAUAUUCCUCUGUCUUUCUCCAAUCUGCGAAAGCUCGAGUCACUAGACUUAUCAAGCAACCAACUCUCAGGGACUAUUCCUAGUGGACUUGGAAGCCUCUCGUUUUUGGCGUAUAUAAAUGUGUCUCACAACCAACUCAAAGGAGAAAUACCACAAGGAACACAAAUUACCGGGCAAGCUAAAUCUUCGUUCGAAGGGAAUGCAGGGCUUUGUGGUCUUCCUCUCCAGGAAACUUGCUUUGGGACUGAUGCACCACCGACACAACAGCCUAAGGAAGAAGAUGAUGAUGAUGAAGAAGUGUUGAACUGGAAAGGUGUGGCAAUAGGAUAUGGACCUGGAGUGUUGCUUGGACUUGCAAUAGCACACCUCAUUGCAACUUACAAACCGGAGUGGCUCGUUAAGAUAAUUGGUCCGAACAAGAGCAGAAACCGUUAGGAUUGUUUUCAAUUUGAGUAUAAUCCUUCAAUGUGUAUGUCAAAUUGGUUGAUGUGAUUCCUCUUGUAUGGAAGCAUCUCUUUAUGUUUGUUGUAUAUCUGAUGCUUUGUUCUGUUUCAUUUCGUUUUAUGAAGUAAAAAUGGUGUAUGUUUUGUACUCAUUUUCAUAUGCAUUUAUGUUUUUUUCUA